UAGACUGCAGUUGAUGAUGCAGCAGACAUGCGAGUCAGUGUUUGUCUGGAGAGUGAGUGUGAGUCCGGAAGCGGCUGGUUUUCCCUGAAGCUGGAAUGUGCAGCUGGACUCUCAGCGGGGAAUGUGCAUGCAGUGAGAAGUGAUUCCUCCCUUACCAUUCUUUGAAGAUGGACAAAUCACUCGGCCUGAUCUUCCUGUGGAUCUGUGUGGGUCACAUGGCACACGCUGCUCUCAUGGAGAAACUGGCAAACUUCAAGAUCUGUGCAGACAAGGACUGCUCAUAUGUGAUUGCAAUGGCUAAAGCUCUUAAAGACUACGUCGCUUCAGACUGCAGAUACAUCAACCUGAGACGUGGCCAGAGUAUCUAUGUGUUUUCUAAACUCAAGCCUGUAGAGGGAGCCGGAGUCUUCUGGUCUGGAAGUGUCUACGGUGAGCGCUAUGUAGACCAGAUGGGUGUGAUCGGAUAUUUCCCCAGUAACUAUAUCAAUGAGACACAUGCUUUUCAGGAGAAAACGGUUGAGAUCCCAACCACUGACAUGGACUUCUUCUGUGUUUAAAGACCGCAACUUACACUAGCGGUUCUCAACCGUUUCGACUCUAAGGCUAUUGUCCAUAGUUCACAACAAUAUUCAAAGGCCCCCUAUAGGCCUAGUUUUGUCUUCAAAACUUAUUUUAAUCUAGUUUCUGUAAAGUAAAAUAAGUGACUGAAAUAAUAAUGAUUCAAAUAAGAGCUUAAUGUUCUUCAGGGAUCGCACUCUUUUUUAACCAAUUAUUUUACACAACUUUUCCAGUCGUUUAUAAUAAGAAUUAAGGAUAGAGAUUUGAAAUUCAUCGUUUCUCACAGUUUCUACAUGAGAAAAUUCUUUAGAGCUUGGCAUAAGAAAAAUGUAUGUUCUUUAUAAAAGUGCCCAAAACUUUUGUAAUUAGUCUACCUCAUAUCUCAAGGUUUUCCAAAACAUUCUUCAAAGGAAAAAAAAAAAAGUUGAGUGGGACAAUUCAA